AUGGGCGAUGCAUUCUGUUGGUUACUACGCGCGUUGUGGUCAACAAGCAAAGUUUUCAUCAAGGUUGUGUGUGUGGUGCUGAAGGUGGUACGCGAUUUGUUUGUAUGGAACUGGAUUGGAGUGGAAAUCUCCAAGUAUUGCAAGACCCAUCGUAAGUUUUUAUGCCAACUUUGAAUUUUUUUUUAGCUUUAGCUCUGUACGAUUUUUUAACUUACGUUUGGUCAUUUUUAGCUGAAGUCUUAAUUGAUCCAAAGAUCUUGCUUCGGAUGUUGUUCGAAUAUUGUAAGUUAACGUUACUUUUUGGUGCUGUAAAUUAUUACAUUCAUUUUCUCUCUAAGUUGUGUUAUGUUUAGGCUGGGAUGAAUUCAAAGACCUCUUUGGUAUUAGCAUCGUUCACAUUGUGGGCACAGAACCAAGAACCGAGUGGAUAUGGACAUCAGUUUUUGAUAACGUCGCCAAAUACAACCAGUUCGUCGCUUCUCUGGGUCCUCCGAGAACUAUGUGUUUUAACGGAACGGCAAUCAAAGUGUAUCCCGGAGAGCUAGGUAUGCUCCUGAUGGGCAUUCGAAUGUCGGAACGUAAGAAUUCUGACGUUCUUUGGAAUUGUCCAUAUGAGCUCAAUGUAGCGUACGGUGGUAAACUCCACAAUUUUAUAAUUUUUAUGAUUUUUCUUAUAUAUGUCAUUUUUGUACGUAAUUUUUAUAUAUUUUCCUAAUAUAUGUAUUUUUUUAUAUAAUUUAUUAUGUAAAUUAAUAAACCUUUAUUAUGUUACAUAGUUUGAACUAUAACAAGUUCUAGAAAAGUAAUAUCAUUAGUUUCUGUUGAAUGUGAAAGGAGUAGUUAUACUUAUUUAAAACCUAAUAUCAUGCUUGUAAAAUAAAGUAUCAUUUUAGUUCUAAAUAAAGCUACAACGUCCUACUUGCAGUACCAUUUCUUUAUUAUUAUGCCACUAUUGAGGCGCUAAGAUACCGCUUUAGUACUAUUCCUACCUUAGAAUUCUUAUGAAAGUACCACGUAUACUACUUUGUGACGUUUUAGUACCAUUGUACAAACAAUUUUGCUUCAUUGUACUAUUUGUUUAACACGGGGUUGGGUAGGGUAGGGUGGAAGAUUGAAUAUUGUAAUUAUUUUUAAUUUUGCGAUCCGGAAUUGUCGCAAAUCCGCAUUCCGGAAUUGUCACUCCUUCAAUAAUUGAAAAAGAAUUAUCUAAAGCCCAUAAAUGAUGACUUCUAGAACUUACCAUUGCCGGCAUCUAACUUAAAAUUUCAAAAACAUUUAAAAAUGUCUAAAAACACAUAAAAUCAACAAUAAUUGAUAAAACAAAAGCUUUUUAACAGUAAAAACGACACUUUAUUUAAUCUUUUAAUUAGUUUUUAUAAAUCUUAACCUAACUUUUUCAAUUUCAGGUAGCUAAAAUCAGGGAGACUUUGGAAUUAGAACCUUCAUUCUACGUCAAAUUAUUGAAUGAUACCGAGGCAACACCUUCUAUUGAUUGUAACAUUUGA